GUUUUAUAUGAUUUUAGUACUUUUGGUUAAUCUAAUUUUGGCAACAGGUAAACUAAAAAAAACCCAUUUUAAUCAUUAAGUGAUGUUUAAGAGAGAAUCAAAUGUUGUUAUAUUGGAUGUUGACAAUUUUGAUGCUGCUUUAAUGAGAUUUGAAGUUUUAUUAGUAGAUUUCUAUGCACCUUGGUGUCCACAUUGGUAAUGAAACCUUUAUAAGUAGUUAAAAUUUAAUGCCAGAAUUUGAAAAAGCUGCAACUGAAUUCAAACAAAAAUAAAGCAUAAUCACAUUAGGAAAAGUAGAUUGCACUCAUGAAUCGGUUCUUUGCGAUGAAUUCUAGGUCAGAGGUUAUCCAACUCUUAGAAUUUUCUAUCAUGAUAGAAUAUAUCAUUAUCAUGGAGACAGAAAUGCAGAGGGAAUAAUCGAAUUUAUGGAAAUGCAUUUAGAACAAGAAGUUGAAAAAGAAUAGGAACAUCAACGAAAAAAUUCAUAAAAGCACAAAUAAGAUUAGAACUACCCUUGAACCAAUAUUAUUAUAGCA